UGUCAGCCAUUACGGCUCCACACUUUCAAUAGGAUAGACUCGAUCACUUCCUCCGGUGUGGAUCCACAAUGGCGUUAUGUUGACGAUCCCUUUACACGCCGAGGACGACAAUACAACGCGUCGAAAAGACAACUUGAAACAAAACGGAGGAAAAGAGCGACCGGAUUUAAAUAUAACGAGUACAUUUACACCGACGGUAGUUUCAUGUGUAGUAGCUAUGUGUGCUUAGCAUUGUGUUUUAAAAAGGUAGACAGCGAGUGGUUUUCCGGUAGGAUUUGCAUUAACGGCACAGGGACCAUGAUGGAAGACUUCUCUGACCUAGCCCUGCCCCCUCUGUUUGGAGGUCACAUCCUGGAGGCGGAGCUGGAGACGGAGGGGGUGGAGUUUGUGGACGGGGGCGGAGUCUCGGAGAGCCAGGUGGAGGAGGAGUCCCAGGAGAGAGAGAGGAGGGAGAGCGAGAGAGAGAGAGACAGAAGGAAGUACUGCAACCUGAGCAGGAGGUGUAGAGAGAUCGAACAGGUGAAUGAACGCACUCUCAAUCGUCUUCACCAGGUGCAGAAGCUGAGCAGGCAGCUGAAGAAGGAGAGGCGGUUCUUGAUGAAAACUCUGAAUUCCUAUGGAGAUGAUUACAGGAGCGCCCAGCUGACCUUUCUAUUGGAGGAGGAGCUGAGUGGCACUGCUGACUCCGCCCACAGAGAGGAGGGGGAAGGACAUGAAGAAGCUGCUGGCUCCUCCCCCUCCGCUCUCCUCCAAUCAGCCUCCAGCAACAAGAGGAAACGGCACCGUGCAGCCAAGGAGAAAGAGGCGCAGCUGGAAGGAGAGAUGUCAUCUCACUCUGAAACUCAUGUCUCUGGGUACUGCAGUGGCAGCAGCCCGACUCAAAGGACCCCUUCAGACUUCCCCUAGCCCGACUCAAAGGACCCCUUCAGACUUCCCCUAGCCCGACUCAAAGGACCCCUUCAGACUUCCCCUAGCCCGACUCAAAGGACCCCUUCAGACUUCCCCUAGCCCGACUCAAAGGACCCCUUCAGACUUCCCCUAGCCCGACUCAAAGGACCCCUUCAGACUUCCCCUAGCCCGACUCAAAGGACCCCUUCAGACUUCCCCUAGCCCGACUCAAAGGACCCCUUCAGACUUCCCCCAGCCCGACUCAAAGGACCCCUUCAGACUUCCCCUAGCCCGACUCAAAGGACCCCUUCAGACUUCCCCUAGCCCGGCUCAAAGGACCCCUUCGGACUUCCCCCAGCCCGACUCAAAGGACCCCUUCAGACUUCCCCCAGCCCGACUCAAAGGACCCCUUCAGACUUCCCCUAGCCCGACUCAAAGGACCCCUUCAGACUUCCCCUAGCCCGACUCAAAGGACCCCUUCAGACUUCCCCCAGCCCGAACCGGCCUCAACUGCAAUGGCCAAAAGUUUUGCAUUACCUAGAAUUUUAGGAUUGAGAUAUUAAUUUAAAAACAAUAUCUAUAGGAACAGAAUUUAGAUAUUUUAUUGCACAUUAUGUAAUAGUAGUAUUUUAUGUUAGAUUUCAAAAUGUCACACUUUUCAUUUUUUAUCAGUUCUUCAUUAAGUAGAACUACAAAACGGUGUGCAAUUCAAUAUGUUAAAGAAACAUUAUUCAGCAGGUUUCAUUCGACUUUAUGAAACAAAAUGAGUUCAUUCUAUAGGGUGGGGAUGCAAUACUUUUGGCCAGAGCUGUGCAGCUGCAGCCCCUGAUCACAGGGAUCAGAUACACUGUGCCGGGUCAGCAGGGCUGGGGUCUGCCCCGGGCUUCAGAACCGCCCUGAAUCGAGAACAUUUCAGUGAUCGAGAGCCAGGAGCUGAAGGAUUCCUCCCGUACGCUGCGUGGACAGCUUAGUGACCCUACAGACUUGAAUCCCUGCUGUGAUAAGAAGUGUGGUCAGCGUUCAGAACCCCCUGCAGGGUUCACAAGACACACGUCGCUUUACCUCUGCUGUGUCCCCUGUUGUCUGCAUCACAGUCUAUCAUUUUUAGUUUUGAUAUUUUUUAUUCACACUUCAUUGGUAAAUAAAUUAGGGAGUUUUGUUUUUCAACUUGGAAAGUUUGCCAAGAGAAACUUUUUCUUUUUCUUUUAAGAAAUGGCGGUGUGUCCAGUUGGUGCUCCCUCCUGCAACAAGGCUGACACCCUGACUGAAAAGAGUGGUGCAUUGUGGGAGCGUGAUCUGGAAACACUGCGGUCCUUGGAAUUGUUCAAACUCAAUAAAACAUUCUCAGCUGUG